AUGGCGUUUCCCGGCUGGGUGUUUCGGCAGAGGGGCUUUUUAGUGGCCUUGGAGUUUGUGACCCAGGAGCUGCGCCACACCGUUCAAGUCCGGUUUCAGGUGCACCGUCCAGAACUGGGGGAAGAUUGCGAGGAGACCACCAACAUCACAGGCCUGCCCCUUGCUUCUCAAGGAAACGGGACUCGGUCACCGCUGGACUGUUCGGCUGGGUUCCAGUGGUGCCCUUGGAGCAACGCCUGCCUGCCGCUGGAGAGCUGUUGUGACCCAGCAAUGUGUGCCAACGGCUCCGCUGCCAGCAAGGCUGACCCCAAUCCUUGCCUUCAUGAAAACCAUCUCCGGAACAGGCUGCUGGAAGAGUCGUUUUUUGACGUACUUCCUGGACCCUCCAAGCAGUAUCUCUUGCUCUUCAGAGGGAAAGAUGCUUUUGUCGGACCCAAUGAUACCAUUAGCAUCCAACAUGAUGCAGGACCCGGCGCCUUCCUUCUUUGCCACCCAAGCCCAGUGCCAUCUGACCCGAUCAGCUAUUUAACCUCAACCUCUUCUGACUGGGACCCUGGCUUCCUUGCCCACGACGCUGCUAGCAGCUGGCGGAAUGACUCUGUGUGCUUCCUCCGGGUUCUCUUCAUGGCCGAAGAGACGGUGCCCAUCAUCGGUCGAGAGAAUUCUGGCGUGGAUCGCUAUGGCCUCUACUCUGUGAGAGCCACCGUAGACAAUGGAGUCUUCACCACCAAUCUGUCCUGCAAUUUCUGGGCUGUUCCUCCCGUUCAGGGUCUCUGUGUCAUUUACCCUGCAGUUCAAGAUGGCAAGAUCUAUGUGCCGACCAACCGCACUUGGCUGGUGGUGAAGGUUUCUUCGAGGGUGAAUGCAUCUGCCGGCUGGCUGGGGGGGAACCAGAGCUUCCCCUUCGAAAGGCACUGCCCCCCCACAGUUGCUCCGCUGACGGCAGAGUGUGCCAGGGAAACCAAAGACUCCUGGUUCUCUGUAAUCACACUGGAUGGCAUUGGGCAGAACUUCAGCACUGUCGUGCUGUGGGCAGAGAACGCGGUCAGCUCCCAGAACAUCAGCAUCAUGGUGAAAGCCGAAGAGCCCAUCCGAGGGCUGCGGGCGACCCCAGACCCUGAAACCCGAGUCUUGCUGAACAAACGAGUGAGCUAUGUCCCCAUGAUGGAUGCCGGAUCAGAUGUCACCUUCAGGUGGACGGUGGAUGACAAGCCCUCCUUCACCUUCUACAAUAACGUCUUCAAGGUCGUCUACCAGACACCUGCUGUGUACAAGUUGUCGCUCACAGCCUCCAACCACGUCAGCAACGUCACCGUCAACUACAACAUUACUGUGGAGAAGAUGAACAGGAUGAAGGAUCUGAUGGUCUCUGAGAUCCCCUCGCUGAUCCCUCAGAAUACUACUGUGGACCUGUCUGCUGUGGUUACGGUGGACUCUGCCGUGGACGCCACGUUCUUGUAA